GUAUUUAAGAGUUGGUGGGUAAAAAGCCGAAAGAUAUCUAUUUCAAUCAAUGAUGAAUGCAUGCAAUGAACAUACAAAAAGAGAAGAUUGGGUACUUUGAAUCUCAACAAAUUUUGUAUAAUAUAAAUAAAUCUGAGAUUACGCCUGAUUUUCCCUAGGAUCAUGCAGCAAAUCGUUUCCGGCAGCCGAUGUGCGGUUUGCUCCGCCACUCGCCCCUUCAUCCUCCACCUUCUCCCUUACAGAGGUAUUCACCGUCAUCUCUGCACCGCCUGUGUACUGGAUUCCCACCCCGGUUCCUUCUGUCCCAUCUGCUUCGAUGUCUUCCUCCAUAACCCUCCUCCCCCUCGUCUCCGUCUCUUAUGCCUAAAAUGCCCCUCUAUUUCACACCUCUCUUGUGUACCUGAUGCUCCUUCUGGUUACUUGUGCCCUCUCUGUUCUAACCCUAAUUUCACUUUCUUCUAUGUUACUCCCGUUAAUAACGCAAUCGAAAUCAAUACACAUUUGGCUAAACAGUUGGUUGCCGCUGCUACUAUUGUUUCUGAAUCUAUUCACAAUGCUGCCGUUAUGGCUAGGAUUAAUGCUGAUAUUAGGAUUAAGGAAGCUCUGUUAGCUAAGGCUGAAGCUAAACAAGUUUUGGAUAGGCUCAAGUAUAUGAUUGACAACCAAAAUCAUCAGUGUGCUUCCAAAUUCUCGCCCAUACAUGUUUCUGAUUCUUCGGCAGGGGAAAAUAAGAUAUAUGAAGUAAAAGGAGAAUCCUCUCAAUCUUCCUAUGAUUGUGAUACCAUGGAUGAUUAGCUUUUAAGUAGUUGCAGCAUAAGGUUUUUUUUGGCGAAUAAAGGAAUUGAAAUUGUUCAUUCAACAGUAUCUACCUUAUUGUUAAUGCCUCUUUUUGAUGAGUUUUAUUAUAAUCAUCAAUAUAAUUAACAAGAUAAACAAUGUGUUCUGAGUCCUAUGACGUGGUGGGGAAGGAUUAACU